GCGGGGAAUGGGGGACAGCGGGGCGAGCUGGUGCCUGGCGCUGGCACUGCUGCUGCUGCCGGCUAGCCUGGGCAAGCCGACGGCGUGGCAGGAGCGGCCGCGGCCCGGCACCGCGCAGCACGAGGACCGGUCAGGCUUCCAGUACGACCACGAGGCCUUCCUGGGCAAGGAGGAGGCGCGGAGCUUCGACCAGCUCAGCCCGGAGGAGAGCCGGCAGCGGCUGGGGAAGAUUGUGGAUAGAAUAGAUGACAACAAAGAUGGCUAUCUCACAACAGAGGAAUUAAAAACCUGGAUUAAACGGGUACAGAAGCGCUACAUCUAUGAAAAUGUGGCUAAAGUUUGGAAAGACUAUGAUCUAAACAAGGACAAUAAAAUUGCCUGGGAAGAAUACAAACAAGCCACAUAUGGUUAUUAUCUAGAAAAUCCAGAAGAAUUCCAAGAUGCAACUGAUCAGCACAGUUUUAAGAAAAUGCUGCCUAGGGAUGAAAGACGAUUCAAAACUGCAGAUCUGGAUGGAGAUUUAGCUGCCACUCGUGAAGAAUUCACUGCCUUCCUUCACCCAGAGGAGUUUGAGCAUAUGAAAAACAUCGUUGUCUUAGAAACUUUAGAAGAUAUAGACAAAAAUGAGGAUGGUUUUGUGGAUCAAGAUGAGUACAUUGCUGAUAUGUUUGCAAAUGAAGAGGGUGGACCAGAGCCUGACUGGGUAAUCACAGAGCGUGAGCAGUUUUCAGAUUUCCGUGAUCUCAACAAGGAUGGAAAGAUGGACAAAGAGGAAAUUCAGCACUGGAUUCUCCCACAAGACUAUGAUCAUGCACUAGCUGAAGCCAGGCACUUAGUCUAUGAAUCGGAUGUAGACAAGGAUCAAAAACUAACAAAAGAGGAGGUUCUGGACAACUGGAAUAUGUUCGUUGGAAGUCAAGCUACUAAUUACGGGGAGGACCUCACAAGAAACCAUGAUGAACUAUGAUACAGUACAGCAGCCACUAUGUCACAGACCUUUUCUCUGCUUUAUUGAAAUCACCAUGUCCACCCUCUCUUUUUGGAGAAAGUGGGCAAGGGACAUACUCACAAAUGACUGACUUGUAUUAAUAUAUUUUUAAUAUGCCAGUUUGUUACCUCAGAAACCACAUAGAGAUAGAUUUUUACUCUUUACAGAUAGCUAAAUACACUAUCUUAACUACUACAGUUUUAUUUUGGGAAAAGUAAAAAGGUAACUUUUUUUAAUAGGUUAGAGCCUGACCUGACAAAGGCACUUCUGAAAACAGGGAUCUUUAAUAGUGAAAUAUUUUCCAUAAAUACCCACUUUUACCAUAGUAAAAUGCAGCUUGGAUUAGAAAGAAACCUAAUCUUUAAAACAGACUAAGUUAUUUAGUUAUCUUUUUCAACAGAAAUAACAAUUUAGAGUUAUACUUUGACUCUUUUUCCAGAGAAAAGGUUUGACAUAAGAUCCACAGACUUCUC